AUGCGGCCCCUAGUCCUGCUGUGGGGCUGCCUCCUCCUCCCAGGUUAUGAAGCCAUAGUGGGCCCAAAGGAAAUCAGCGGCUUUGAAGGUGACACCGUGUCCCUGCACUGUACCUACGAGGAGGAGCUGAAGUCGUACAAGAAAUACUGGUGCAGGGAGAGCGGGUUAUUCAUCUCCCGCUGCUCUGGGACUGUCUACUCUGGAGAAUACGGCCAGGAAGGCAGGGUGUCCGUCCAAGACAACCCCCGGAAACUCAGGAUCGAGGUGAUUCUGAGGAACCUCACCCUGGAGGACAAGGGGCAAUACUGGUGUGGGGUCGAAAGACUGGGCUUGGAUAAGACUUUCUUGGUCUCUCUGCUUGUCUUUCCAGGGAUCUCCCGCCCAGCCAAACGGCUGGAUUCCACCUCAAGAGAGGACACCAGUUUUGUCCCCAGCAGGGGCAGCUCCAAGCCCAGGGUAUCCAUCCCGAUGAUCCGCAUCUUGGCCCCCGUCCUGGUGCUGCUGGCCCUUCUGCUCGCCACAGGCCUGGCCGCCCUGGGCAGCUACGUGCUCCAGUGGAGGAAGAAAGUUCAACAGGCCGCAGAGACACAGAAGAAGGAGAAGGUCCAUCUCUCCCACUUGCCUCAGGGGAACAGCUGGGUCCCAGAGCAUGCGGUGAUCAACAAUGCAGAGCCCACUGGGCCUCCAGCCAGCCCCAACACGGAGAUCCGGAGCCUGAGCCAGACUUCAGAGGAAGACGCAGCCUCUUGGAAGAACCCUGAGGGAGACAUGACCCCAGGACCUCCCCUCCCCAUGUCUGAGGAUGAGCUGGACUUUUCCAAGUUCAUCUCAGUCUAGCCACCGAAUGCCCUCUUGAAUCUCUGGAAGGGCUGGAUUUUCGCUAACUCGGAUACGCUUUCUGCUACGGCUUCAGAGUCCUCUGGCCAGAGUCCAGGGCUCUCCCGCACCCUCCCCAGGCUCUCCUCCUGCAUGCCCCAGCUGAUCCGGAAGGCUUCGUCAGCCCUGGAGCCCAGAGUGGUGGCCUCACAGUUCCAGCGGGAGGCUGGGACCUUCCCAAGAUGGUCACAUUCCUGGGCAAAGCGCACAGCUGCUGGAUUCUUAAGGGGCCAGGCCGGGCUCAGGGGGUCUGGUCGGAGUUUGUAUCUGCUAAGGGAAUCCCCCUGGUCCUGGGUGCCCAGUCACAGGCCCCUCCCUACUCCCCCUCCAGACCCCACCUUCUCUUCCCUUCCUUCCAUCCUCAGAUUUAGCACCAAGUUCUUCUGCAUAAACCAGUGAAGAGGAGGGAGACUGCUGGGUUAGACUGGAUUCUGAUUUCUUGAAGCCGGUUGUGAACUACCUGCAUCCCAGUCCUUCCGGAAGUUGGUUAAAAAGAUGAUUUCUUGGGCCCUAUCAAGAACUACCAAAACCUGGGAAUUCCCUGGCAUACCAGUGGUUAGGGCUCGUCACUUUCACUGUUGUGGGCCUGGGUUUGUUCCCUGGUCAGGGAACUAACUACCAAAACCAUCUCUCAGGCUGGGCCUGGGACUCUGCAUUUCUAACAAGUGCCCUGGUGAUUCUAACACUCGAGUUUGAGCACCAGUGGGCUGGUUGAGCUCUCAGACCCCUUGGUUUAGAGAGUCUACAUUUGGUGUGUGGAGUCUCCCCCCUGCGCCUUAUAGAGCAUGCUCUGCCCACGACACCAUGACCCAGCUGGGGGCUUUCCUGGACCUGCCUGAGUCCAGGCCCAGGUCAAGUGCACAUUGGAAGGGGUGAGCCCAAGGCUGACGGGGAGCAAUUGUCUUUC